ACCACCCUGCCCCCCACCCCCCAGAGCGACAUGGCCUGGGCGCUGUGUCAGGACACGGAGGGGCGCCUCGGACUUGUGCCGUGGAACUUCCUGAGCACUCCCGAGGUGUACAUCACCAUCAACUCCAGCAGAAGAUUCAGCUGCUCCGCCUUGACAGUGGACGGCGGCGGCAAGGACGCUGGCCUAGAAGGUGGACCAAGAGGUGGACUAAGAGGUGGACAUGGUGGUGGAGGUGGCCUGGAAGGUGGAGGAGCCGAGUCCGGGUGGACGGCGCGCCGUGCGGUGUGCCGCUCGCUGCCCUGGGAGGUGGCGCUCCGAGCCGGAGAAGCGGUGCAGCUGCUGGAGCGGAGCACCGACGCCUGGUGGCUCGUGGGCAGAGUCGCCGGGGACCGGGAGAUUGGAUAUGUGAAACGAGAACAUUUGCAAAGGGUGGAAAGUCGUGGUGCCGCGUUGCCCCCCGCCGACGAGAACUUGGACGACUACAUGGCCAUGUCCACAGAUGUCUCUCCACCUCCAGCCUCAGCCCCUCGCGACCACACGGAGAGCCCGGGGCGUGAGGAGGAGGAGGAGGAAGAGGAGGAGGACAUCUACAUGGUGCUCACGCCGUCCAACUCCAGCUCGCCGCCCACUCCUCACCAAGAGACCCCUGCCCAGAAGAAGACUCUCUCCACGCGCCUCAGGGAGAACUUCGCCACCGUCUCUCUCAACCUUCGCGGCAAGGUACCGCAGGUGGCCCAGGCUCUGUCCGAGGGCGGCUUCCUGAGCGAAGAGGAGAGGGCGGCCACCGUCGCUGCUGCGGCCGCCACCGUCACCGGCACCGUCACCGCCACCGGCACGGGGGUCACGGGGGUCACGGGGGUCACGGGGGUCACGGGGGCUGGCGCCGCCGCGGUGAACAAGCUCAUCCUGAGGGCGCUGGCGCGGGGCGGCGAGGAGGAGUGCGGCCUGCUGCUAGCGCACGCAGGCCUCGUCUGAUCCAGCGCGUGUGCCACCAACCCCAAUCCCAGGCUACCCCGAGUCUCUCUACACCACGAGUCUCUCUACACCACGAGUCUCUCUAGACCACGAGUCUCUCUAGACCCAGGUGAACCGAGUCUUUGUGAGUCUCUAUGGGUCUCUGGGGAUCUCUGGGGGCCUCUGGGGGUCUCUAUGGGUCUCUGUGGGCUUUAAUGCGUCUCUAUGAGCGUGAAUCUCUAUGGGUCUCUGUGGGACUCUAUGAGUCUAUGUGGGUCUCUGUGAGUCUCUGUGAGUCUCUAUGGAUCUCUGUGGGUCUCUGUGAGUCUCUGUGGGUCUCUGUGAGUCUUUGUGAGUCUACGUAGGUCUCUGUGAGUUUCUUUGAGUUUCUGUGGGUCUCUGUGGGACUUUAUGAGUCUCUAUGGGUCUCUGUGAGUCUCUGUGAGUCUCUAUGGGUCUCUGUGGGUCUCUGUGGGUCUCUGUGAGUCUCUGUGAGUUUCUGUGGGUCUCUGUGGGUCUUUGUGGGUCUCUGUGCGUCUCUACUAGUGGGAUUUGUCCGGUAUUGUUGUGUGUGUAUGUCUGGGUGAUUUGUUUACUUAUGCUGUACUUGCCAAUAUGAUGGUGUGUGUCUGUCAGUGUUUGUUGUUGUUGUUGUGACCCCGUACCCCGUACCUGGACAAUCUGUGACAAUGAGCUUCAUAGCUCACCUGAUUCCCUCGUGUCGCAGUCUAAGUGAUUUUAUAGGAUAUUUAACCGGCUGGGGCUGUAUUAGAAUAUAAGAAUAGCUUCGUAUCCUUUCUCUGGCAAUUAAACAGCAGUUGUGUUUAAGACAAGGCCGUCAUUAUAACACAUUCCUGCGGAGGGAGCUGGUAGGAACGUCGGGUUGCAAGGUCAAUGGCCUGCAGGGUCAACGGCGGCGUGGUGUAUUCCGCAAAUAUGCCCGACUGUGAGGGCGGGCACAAGCCGGCGUGAGUAGGUGAAACGUUGAGUUUUAUAAGGGCACCACGGGGUGACCAGCCCCUCCCCACCCAGCCCCACCCCUCCC